AUGUCAUCCUCUACAAGUGCUAGAGAAGAGAGACUCAGGUCACACGAGAAAGAAUCUAGAGGAAACUGGCCAGAAAAGAACUAUAGAGAUAGACCUAGUGCACCAAGAUAUAAUAAUGAUGAAUCGAAAUAUAAUAAUGAUAGAACACAAUAUAAACCAUACAAUAGAGAUCAAGGUUAUGAAAGACCCUAUUCAAGGGACCAUAAACAAAACCAAGAACAACCACCACAACCACCAAAAGAGAAACCAAAUUUUAAACCUUCAGGUCUUUUAGCCAAAGAAUCAAAUAAUAUUAAAGGAACACAAUUAAAAUAUACAGAACCUGAAGAUUCUAUAAAUCCAACAGAUUCACCAAUUUAUUAUCUUUUCAUUUUUAAAAAAAAUUCCAAAAUUCCACAAGAAUAUAAACUAAACAAUAAGUCAUAUCAUUUAAUUGGUAGAGAUGAAACCAUAGUGGACUUAUCAACUGAUGAUGAAUCAUGUUCAAAACAACAUGCAGUUAUACAAUUUAGAUCAAGACCAAUUAUAGAUGAAUAUGGAUCUCAAGCUGUUCAGAUUAAACCGUAUCUAAUAGAUUUGGAAUCAAGUAAUGGUACUUUCUUGAAUAAUGAAGAAAUACCAACUUCAAGAUUUAUUGAAUUACAAGGUGAAGAUACAAUUAGAUUUGGAGAUUCAGAAACUGAUCAUGUAUUAGUUAUUGGUGAUUGA